AUGGCCACACAGACGACCACAACCAAGCGGCGACUGAUCUACUCCCUGCCAUGCCGCCCGCCCAUCCCCUUCCCCGCCCAACCAUCCUACCCCGUCCACGUCCCGAAUCGCGACCUCAAGCACGCGUACACCGACGCAAUGUGGCCUCCAGCCGACGAGAGGCAGUCGGAGCAGGCAACCCUCGAGGCGUUCGCUCGGUCGUUACUUGCGCUGUUGGCGGAUCGCUCGCCUGCUGAAUUUGACUCGCUCGCGCGCGAACUUGUCUUGCCGCUGCAGGACUUUGACAAGCGAUGGAGGGACCACGUUCCAGGGGCUAUCGCAGCGAGUGAGGAUGACGAGGACCACUCGAACGAGGGUUUGGGCGAGGAGGAAGCGCGAUGGGCGAGGGAGGACUAUGCGCGAUGGGCGGUGAAGGAAAAGGCGCGGCUAGAGGAAGAGCGGAGAAAGGCGGAGGAGAAGCGGAGGAAGGGGAAGCAGCGCGCACUUGACCAGGACGGCGCGGCGGAGCAGAUGGACGAGGACGAGGACGAGGCGGCGCCGAAGGAGAUUGUCGUCCGGCCUGACGACUGGUUAUCGGAGAAGGAACUCCUCGAGACCCGCCUCCAAUCGCUCAUCCUCCUCACGCUCCUCUCCCUCCCCAUAACCUACACUCCCUCCAUCACUCGCAAAGGCAAAAAGAAGAAGCACCCCGAGCUCUUCCGCGACACGCUCGACCCAGCGAUGUUGCUCGACUUCCUUACAGACCGGAUGCAAAUUUGGCGGGUCAUGAGAGAUGUUGGGGGAUUUGGGAUUGCGGCAGAGGGGAUGGAGGAGGUGGUGGUUGAGGAGAAGGAUUUGGUGCAGGUGUGGUGGCUGGACAUCGUCGAACCUCUCUUCCGCACGCGCGUCGAUUCCACCAUCCUCUCGCACCACCGCCUCAAGCUCUUCCCCUCCUCCGCAACCCAAGCCGCCCGUCUCGCACAACGGCUCGAGCCCGCACCCUCACCAUUCAAAGCCCGCUCGUUGUUGUCGCUCGAGAAGUCGGCAAGGAAGAGGGAGAUGAGGGAGGAUGAGAGGAGGGUUGCGCAGAGUCCGACUAUGAAGAGGUUGAUGGGUCUCAAAGGUCUCGGCGCCGGAAGGAAGGAGAAGGAGGAGAAGGAGACGGGUGGGGAGGACGACGAUGUCUUCAAAAUCCCUGUUGUGCCGCUCAAGCGCAAGGACAGUACCGACGCGCCGUCCGACGCCGCCUCGACAGCCGCUCCGCGCCCUCGCCUUCCUCGGAAACAAGAACGCCCUCGACCGCUUCCAAGAGGCGAUAACAUGGCUGGCGUGCCGGACGUCCUCAAGAGGCGGGUUGUUUCGUUGUCGAAGAAGCCGAGUGCGAGUUCGGUGGCCGUCAAGAAGAAGGUUGCGAGCAAGGCGGAUGCGGACGAUUCGCAUGCUUUGAAGCGGAAAAGGAAGGCUGUCAGUCCGAAGAAAUCAACCGCCGCCGACCGUGCCGCCCACUCCCUCACCCUCGUCCCCGACACUCCCUCCAAAUCCUCCUCAACCUCCGCAUCCUUCCGCAAGCCCUUCUCCCGCGCAACCUCGAUGCCGUCGUUCGCUGCGCUCGGCGCGGCGUUCCGAGCAGGUGCAGCGGAUGCGCCUCGAUUACCGCUUCCGUUUGAGGUGCCUUCGCCGCCGCCUUUUGGGAUCAGGCGAGCAAAGGGCGCUAGAGCGCUUGAGCUGAAUGAGGAGGCGGGCGAGGUCGCUUACGAGAGCGACGAGGAGAUGAACGCUGCGGGAGGAGAAGCGGAUCGGAUGGACGAGGCGAGGGACCGCUUGUCGACGCCAAAGAAGCAGGUGGUGGCGCAGGUACUCGUGCCGGAUACGUAG